UGUCACUGACGGCGUCCGUUUGAAAUUUUGUUUUGUAUUUAAAAUUUUGUUAAAAUUUUAUUGUUUUAUGCUUUCAAAAAAAAAACGAUAAUGGAAUAUUCUGUUAAUGAAGAUGAAGCUAAUCAACCUCUUCACUCGCCACCACGACGUAGAAGGUCUACUUUUUUCGAAAGAAGGGAAUCUUUCGCACCACAGACAUUUUCUGACAAUGUUGAUCUAAAUGUCCCAGAAAAAAAUAUUGAAAACGAAAGACAAAGUCAGGAGCUCUUGAGAUAUUAUGACAAGCUGUUGGUUGAAAAAGAGCAAUGGAAAAAGGAAGUAAACACCAGGAGAAAUAAAUAUCAUGAUUCGCGACAGCAAUAUCAAAUAGCUAUGAAGUCUUCCAGCAGGUCUAGAAUAUCAUACUCUGCAUUGUCAAAUGAAGAUAUAGAAUUUUUGAAAGCCAAACCGAAUAUUUCAAAACUUGUUGAAAGUCAGACAAAGCUACACAAGUCAGUAAAAGAGACAAUGGCAUUGUGCCGUCGUGCUAAUGAACUUGACGAUGUUAUUCUAAGGUACAGCGAAGAUAAAGUCAACAAGAUAACAGACUAUAUACUAGAAAACAGCACAGUUGAAUCAUUGGACGAAAAUCAUAUGCAGUGAAUGAAAAUAGUAAUUUGUUACACUAGCUUUCCGCCAGUGACU